UUUGUCUCACGUCAUGUUGUCUUUAAUGAAAUGCAGUUCCCUUUCAAAAAUCCAUGUGCACUAUAUGAUACAAGUAAAAUUGGAGGAGAGCUGUCCACAUACAAUGAAUGGAUCGAGACUCAACUGGAGCAAGAGACAGUAAAUCACUCAAACUUUCACAUCUCUGAUCCAUCGUUAAUUUCUUUGCCACAGGAAAGCUCUACCCCGAUUGAACAACUGGAAAUGAGUUGCAGCUCGCAAGAUGACAACAGGCUUAAUGAAUCACCAACCACAGAGACCAUGGAAUCAACAAUAAACCAGCCGACCGAGUUGACUCAAUGUCAUAAUGUGAAAUCAUGCACUGGACAAUUGAAUCCAUCUCAAGAUGGCCAUCAUGAUGAUGAUUUACCUUCCAUACACGUGGAAUUGGAGACAAAUCAAAAUGGUGCUCAAAAUUCAAGCCUCCCUUCAAAUAAUUCUGAUGAUCAAUUCACGAGUUCCAACAGACCAGAAGUUGAAUUGUCUCGCAAUCAUAACAUGGUUACUCAAGCUCAACGAGGAAUCACCAAGCCGAACCCUCGAUAUGCCUACCUUCACAAAGAAAUUCCAACAGAACCAAAAACCGUGAUAUCGGCAUUGAAGAACGAUGGGUGGAAAGCUGCCAUGCAUGAAGAACUACAUGCUUUAAAAAUAAAUGAUACAUGGGAUAUUGUCCAACGGGAGGCUCACAUGAAUGUGUCUACUUUCACUCUUUAUGCCUUCUCUGAUGCUGAUUGGGCAGGUUGUCCUAUUACUCGUCGCUUUACAACAGGAUAUUGCACCUUGCUUGGAGGAAAUUGCAUUUCUUGGUGUGCAAAGAAGCAACCAACUAUUUCUCUUUCAAGUGCAGAAGCUGAAUAUAAAUCGAUGGCAUCUACAACAGCUGAGAUAACUUGGCUUACUUAUCUACUCCAAGAUAUUGGUAUUUACAUCCCCAAUCCACCAAUCCUCCACUGUGAUAAUAUAAGUGCCUUGCACAUGACUGUCAAUCAUGUGUUUCAUGGGCGCACAAAGCAUGUCGAGAUGGACUACCAUUUUGUUCGGGAAAAAGUAGCCUUUGGAAAUCUUGUAACUCAGUAUGUGUCGUCAUCGUCUCAACUGGCAGAUAUCUUCACCAAGCCUUUACCAAGAACCUCGUUCAAUGAGUUACGAACCAAACUUGGCCUAUCCCUUCUACCUCGGCCAAGUUUGAGGGGGAGUGUAAACGCAUUUGAUGGUUGAUCUUGUUAAGUGGGAAAAUCCCACAUCGAGUAUAAAAAUAAGAAGCUUGUGGGUUAAAUACAAGGAGGGCUACUCCACCUAUUGCCAAUUGGUUUUAGGUUGGAUGCAAGCCUUGUGUUGAGCCCACAUGCAGGAUUUUCAAUAUGGUAUCAGAGCCCAGGUUCUACCAUGGGAAGCCCGUUAUUAGCCCACCUGACAGGACUCGAAGUUGAUACCGAG